AUGAACUCGAACUUUUUCAACCGGCAGAAUGAAGGUGAUGGGAAGCAGAAGAAUCCAUUUGCAAGCAAUGCAUUUGGAAUGCAAGGAGAAAAACCAGGAGUGUUUGGAAGUCAGCAACAGUCGGGGUUGUUUGGACAGCAAGGUAAUUUAGACCCACAAAUGAAUCAGGCAACGCCCUCUGUAUUUGGAGGAGCGUUUGGAGGAUCUUCAGGAGUUGGAGCACAGGCAAAUGCAUCGCCAUUUGGAAUGCCUAGCGUGUCUCCAUUUGAAAAACCAGCUGUUACACCAUUUGGAAGCAGCAGUAUGCCUUUGAAUCCAUCUCCAAGUAUGCCCGCAUAUACACCCAGUGGAUAUGGAUCACAAGGAGCAAUGCAAGGAAGUACAGAUCCUUUCAGAACACAGCAAGCUACUACGUCUAGUUCUAAUGUGUUUGGAGGACAACAAGCAAGUGGAUUUCAAACACAACAAUCGACACCGAUUACUAAUGCAUUUGCAAGUGCCAAUCAGGGACAAUUUUCUCAGCCAAGUGGAUUUUCUACUCCUGCAGGAUUUGCAUCAGCACAACCAAGUACUGGAGUUGGAUCUGUGCAAGGGCAGGGGGUUGGCAUGUCAAUGGGAGUUUUACCAAACACUGGUACUGCAGCACAACCAAUGAUGAAUACAAAUAACAACGGAUUUGGAGGACAGCAAAGCGGAGCAAAUGGAUUGAAUGCAUGGAACUCUGAUUCACAGACUCAGAUACAAACAAACGAAUUGCAAGGAUCAUCUGUGUCAGCAGGAUUAUGUAAAGAGGGAUCUUUUGGUUUAAUGGGCGAUAGAUCAGCAAGCUUGUAUGGUGAAGGAAGCAGAGCAUCAGUAGAGCGUUUGAUUAAAGAGGAAGAAAAAGGCAUAGGCAUUGGAGAGAUAAAAGGUAAGCACACUUUGACGUUUGGCCAAGCUUCUGGAGAGAAGGGAAUGAGCUUUAUACAGAUGACAUUAGGGGAGAUAAUACAACAGCAGACACGAAAGCUUGAAGAAAACAUAAAGAUGUUUAAGGAGAAAGCCAAGGAAGUGUUUGAACAAGACGAGAGGAUUAUCAAGGCACUGAAUAACUACAGAUUGAUAGGAAACAGGAUUGAUGAAGAGGAGAGAGCGAUUGCAGAUACUGAGGAGAAUGUUGAGUUUUUUGAGAAGUGGCUUUCAGAGUUCCAGGAGGAGGUUGCAGAUGGUGCAGGAGAUGAGCUUCUUGAAUGCAUCAAGGAGUUUGAGAGGAUCAGUGACAAGUACAACAAGACGAUUGAGAUGCUCAGGGACGAAGAUGAUGAGGUGAUGUGCUUAGUGAAUGAGAACUACAACCUGAUUAACGUUAUUGAUGAGAAGUUGGAUGUUCUUGAGAGGUAUUAA